AUGGACAAUGUCCGUCUUUCCAUCCUUCAGAUGCAUGGAGAGGUUACCAAUCAAGAUAUAUCAAGAUAUCUUGGUGUAUUGCUGCGCUCUGUGCAGCGAAUUGUAAAGCUGGAGCAUGAUUACCUGGGUUCUGCAUUUGAGUCUUGGCCACGCACUGGUGGCACUCCUAGGAAGAUCACUGAUGAGGCAAUGAUGUUCCUAAUCUCUGUAAUUGAGCGGAGAAGUGACAUCUACUUGGACAAGCUACGGGUUGAAUUGCAGACCCAAAUGGGGAUAGAGGUCACCCUUCCCACUCUUUCAAGGAAUCUGAGAGACGCAGGGCUCACUUUGAAGAUGAUCAUGAAAGUGGCAAAAGAACGUGACCCUAGGAAACGAGCAGACUAUACGAUGCGCAUAUCACAAUAUCAUCCACGUACACAAGUAUAUAUUGAUGAAUCUCGGUUUGAUCGUCAAAAUUCAAUCCGAAAGCAAGCAUGGGCAUUUGAGGGAGAGAGAGCCCUUAAGAAGGUAUUCUUUCUACGAGGAAAGAGCUACUCGGUGCUACCUGCACUCUCACUUUUGGGUAUUCUCCAUGUCAAGAUUGUCAAGAAUGCAUUCAACACAGAGCUUUUCAAUGAGUUCAUAUAUGAAUUACUCCCCUUCAUGAAUCCUUAUGAUCCAGUAACACAACCACCAAACUUGGUUCUCAUUAUGGACAACUGCCGGAUACAUAAAGAUCCAGAGAUGAUUGAGAUAGUUUUAGCAUGUGGCAUUUGUAUUGAGUUCCUUCCACCCUACUUGCCCGACUGA